AUGACUUCCUAUGAGGGUUUCAUUGAGCUUGUAUUGGCGUGUGCACCGAAUCUGCAUACGCUCAAUAUCUCUGGUUGUCUUCAAUAUAUUCCCAAGCUUACAGAGUCUUUCUCUUUUACGCGGCUUCAACACCUUCGGAUUUCGGACACUAAAAUAUAUCUCAGCGAAUUGAUUAACUUCUUACGAACAACAGCACCCACACUCAAGUCUCUUGCGUACAAAUUCGUGACGCUGAAUGAUGAAAUCGAGACCGGCGCAGUGGAAGAUAAGAAAAAGGAAGCUGAAAGGCUCUGGCGAAUCGCUUGGGACUUCUUACGGGAUGAAAUUUCUGUCAAGUCACUUUAUAUGACACGUCUCCAAUACCAGGACAUUGAAGUUCGCGUCACUGAUCGUCUACGCCGUGUCUGUGGGUAUCCAAAAAUCAGUUCAACUGAUCCUCGGGCCGUCGCGUAUAAUGACCAAUCGGCUCAUAUAUCUUUUGGCGAAUGGAUUGAUUCACUCAGAAUCCGGCCUUUCAUCAGAACAGGAACUCGGCCUGUAAUAUGCGCUGGACUAACCCGAGGUAUUAAUCCUAAUAUUCGGGGCCGUGGGCCUGUGGGAAAGCCACUCCAACGGAGAAUCCAGGACACACUGAGAGCCAUGAGAGAAGUGCAGGCGAAUGAAGAUGAGAGCGGUGAUAGGGAAUAA